AUGGCGAAAUUGUUAGUAUCCAUAGUAGUUUUAUUAGUAGCAGGAUUAGUUAGUAGUUUACCAGUAGAUGAAGAUACUGUAGCUAUAGAAGCUGCGGAAAACGACAUUGAUAACAAUAUUGAUGGUGAUGAUAAUGUGAUAGAUAUCUCGCAUUUGGGACCUGAAGCUUACGGCUCGCCGAAUAAAGAAAGUGGAGAGGCAGUAUCAAAAUGGUCAGAGAACUCCCUAAUGAACCCUGAGGAGAUGGGAGAGUACGCGGAGGGUGACAUCCUUAUGCCAGAAGUGUCCACGAGGAACGGAGUGCGUGGUGACACGGCGCGCUGGCCCAAUGGCAUCAUACCCUAUGUGAUUGAGGGGUAUUUCAAUCAACAGCAACGUGACAUGAUAAUGAAGGCGAUCGCCGACUACCAUCGUCUGACAUGCCUCCGCUUCGUGCCCUAUAAUGGUCAGCAGGACUACCUCACUAUCCGAAGUGGGAAUACCGGCUGUUGGUCCAGUGUUGGCCGUAUUGGUGGUCGUCAAGAAGUGAAUCUCCAGGCCCCAGGGUGCGUCUCUAAGAAAGGAACGGUUCUUCAUGAGCUUCUUCACGCCAUCGGAUUCAUGCAUGAGCAGAGCCGUCCAGAACGAGACGACUUCGUCGACAUUCGCUAUCAGAAUAUCAAACCUGGUUCGGAGAACAACUUCAAGAAGGCUUCCAGGGACGGCACAGACGACUUCGGGGUCGGGUAUGAUUACAACAGCGUCAUGCAUUACUCAGAGUAUGCCUUCUCCAGGAACCAACAGAAAACCAUUGAGCCCAAGGUUGGAGGUGUGACGUUGGGGCAAAGGGAGGGCCUCAGUAGAGGUGAUGUGAAGAAGGUGAACAAUAUGUACAAUUGUAAGAAAGAAGAGCCACAAAACGGUUGGGUGGGUGCAAUCUGGCAAAACUUCUUUGGGCAGAAGUAA